GGCAGGAGCGCGCGGCCCGAGGCAUGGCGCAGUUCUACUACAAGAGGAACGCUAACGCCCCCUACCGGGACCGCAUCCCUCUGCGCAUCGUGCGCGCCGAGUCCGAACUCUCGCCGUCCGAGAAGGCCUACCUAAACGCCGUGGAAAAGGGGGACUACGCCAGCGUCAAGAAGUCCCUGGAGGAAGCGGAAAUCUAUUUUAAGAUCAACAUUAACUGCAUCGACCCCCUCGGGAGAACCGCGCUCCUGAUCGCGAUCGAAAACGAGAACCUGGAGCUCAUCGAGCUGCUCCUGAGCUUCAACGUGUACGUGGGCGACGCGCUGCUGCACGCCAUCCGCAAGGAGGUCGUGGGCGCCGUGGAGCUGCUGCUGAACCACAAGAAGCCCAGCGGGGAGAAGCAGGUGCCGCCCAUACUCCUCGAUAAACAGUUCUCCGAGUUCACUCCGGACAUCACGCCCAUCAUCCUGGCGGCCCACACAAAUAAUUACGAGAUCAUCAAACUUCUGGUUCAGAAGGGGGUCUCGGUGCCCAGGCCCCACGAGGUCCGCUGUAACUGCGUGGAGUGCGUGUCCAGCUCCGACGUGGACAGCCUGCGCCACUCGCGCUCCAGGCUCAACAUCUACAAGGCGCUGGCCAGCCCCUCCCUCAUCGCGCUGUCCAGCGAGGACCCCUUCCUCACCGCCUUCCAGCUGAGCUGGGAGCUGCAGGAGCUGAGCAAGGUGGAGAACGAGUUCAAGUCCGAGUACGAGGAGCUGUCUCGGCAGUGCAAACAGUUCGCCAAAGACCUCCUGGACCAGACGAGGAGCUCCAGGGAACUAGAGAUCAUCCUCAACUACCGAGAUGACAAUAGUCUCAUAGAAGAGCAGAGCGGCAACGAUCUGGCCAGACUCAAGUUGGCCAUCAAGUACCGCCAGAAAGAGUUUGUAGCCCAGCCCAACUGCCAACAGCUGCUGGCAUCCCGCUGGUACGACGAGUUCCCGGGCUGGAGGCGGAGGCACUGGGCCGUGAAGAUGCUGACCUGCUUCAUCAUCGGCCUGCUCUUCCCCGUCUUCUCCGUGUGCUACCUGAUCGCCCCCAAGAGCCCCCUGGGCCUGUUCAUCCGAAAGCCCUUCAUCAAGUUCAUCUGCCACACAGCGUCCUAUCUGACGUUUUUGUUUCUGCUGUUGCUGGCCUCCCAGCACAUCGACAGGUCAGACUUGAACCGGCAAGGGCCGCCACCAACCGUCGUCGAGUGGAUGAUAUUACCGUGGGUCCUGGGCUUCAUCUGGGGGGAGAUCAAGCAGAUGUGGGACGGCGGCCUUCAGGAUUACGUCCAUGACUGGUGGAACCUGAUGGACUUCGUGAUGAACUCCUUGUAUCUGGCAACGAUCUCCCUGAAAAUCGUGGCGUUUGUCAAGUACAGCGCCCUCAACCCCCGCGAGUCCUGGGACAUGUGGCACCCCACGCUGGUGGCCGAGGCGCUCUUCGCCAUCGCCAACAUCUUCAGCUCGCUGCGCCUCAUCUCGCUGUUCACCGCCAACUCGCACCUGGGGCCGCUGCAGAUCUCGCUGGGCCGCAUGCUGCUGGACAUCCUCAAGUUCCUGUUCAUCUACUGCCUCGUGCUGCUGGCCUUCGCCAACGGCCUCAACCAGCUCUACUUCUACUACGAGGAAACCAAGGGGCUGAGCUGCAAGGGCAUCCGGUGCGAGAAGCAGAACAACGCCUUCUCCACGCUGUUCGAGACGCUCCAGUCCCUGUUCUGGUCCAUAUUCGGGCUCAUCAACCUGUACGUGACCAACGUGAAAGCCCAGCACGAGUUCACGGAGUUCGUGGGCGCCACCAUGUUCGGGACCUACAACGUCAUCUCCCUGGUCGUCCUGCUCAACAUGCUGAUAGCCAUGAUGAACAACUCCUACCAGCUCAUUGCCGACCACGCGGACAUCGAGUGGAAGUUCGCGCGGACGAAGCUCUGGAUGAGCUACUUCGAGGAAGGCGGCACCUUGCCCACACCCUUCAACGUCAUCCCCAGCCCCAAGUCCCUGUGGUACCUGGUCAAGUGGCUCUGGACCCACCUGUGCAAGAAGAAGAUGCGGAGGAAGCCCGAGAGCUUCGGGACCAUCGGGAGGCGAGCGGCUGAUAACUUGAGGCGACACCACCAGUAUCAGGAGGUGAUGCGGAGCCUGGUGAAGCGGUACGUGGCCGCCAUGAUCCGAGACGCCCGCACGGAGGAAGGCCUGACCGAGGAGAACUUCAAGGAGCUGAAGCAGGACAUCUCCAGCUUCCGCUUCGAGGUGCUGGGGCUGCUGAGAGGCGGCAAGCUGUCCCCGGCCCAGCCCGCGCCGGCCUCCAAGGGCCGGCCCUGCCCCGCGGACCCGGAGGACAGGGGCGACGAGGGCGCCGGCAAGGACAAGAGGAAGAACUUCAGCCUCUUCGACCUGACCACGCUGAUCCACCCGCGCUCCGCCGCCAUCGCCGCCGCCGCGGAGCGGCACCCCGUGAGCAACGGCUCCGCGCUGCUGGGCCAGGAGCCGCCCCCGCGGGAGAAGCAGCGGAGGAUGCACUUCGUGGCCGACAUCAAGCACUUCGGGCUGUUCCACAGGCGGUCCAGGCACAGCGCCGCCGAGCCGCCGCCGCACGCGCACCCCAUCGCGUCCGUGUCCGAGGAGGUGGCCCGCCACCAGGCCGAGGGGUCCCUGGACCGGGACGGCCCGCUGGAGGCGCGAGGGGGGCUGGGCGCGCGCGGGGAGCGCGGCAUCCCGGGGCUCAGCGAACAGUGCGUGCUGGUGGACCACCGCGAGCGCAGCGCCGACAGCCUGCCCGUGCAGGUGGGCAGGCGCAUCUGCUCCUUCAAGGCCGAGAGGGCGGUGGUGGAGGACACGGUCCCCAUCAUCCCCAGGGGGAGGCACGCCCGCGGGGAGGACUCCAGCUCGGACUGCGAUGCCGCCCCCUCCGACACGGCCGCCCACGAGGACUACGUGACCACCCGGUUGUGACGCGCGGAGGAGGAGGUGGCGGCGGCGGCGUGUGUCACACAUGCGUGUGUUUUCCGCAGGGCUCGGAGCGGGGACAGGGGUCUGGACGUGCGUCAGCAAACGUUAUCUUACACUUCACAGCAUUUAUCAACUGUGGCUUCAUAGCGUGUAACGUCUUGAAAUGAGGCAGAGGCUACCC